GGUCAGCCAAACUAAAUCCAUGUUGGUUUGUUUUUUUUGGUCAGAGCCUAGCUUGUUUUUUGAAAAUUUGAACCCUUAUGGAGCAUUAAUGCUGUUCUGUGUGGUGACCUAAAAGUGAGUGGAGAAUCUCCAGUUUUACGUGCACUAAAGUCUAUGGUUUGUGAUGCUAAGUUAAUGUUAAAAAAUUUAGAUUCUUUUGAGUUUUUGAUGAGAUACUUUUUUUCUGUUUAAUUUAAUGAAUUAUUAGUUUCCUUUUGUACAGUUAUAUGCACUAGAAUCAUUCAUUUAAAUAGAGCUGAGAUUAUUGAAUAUUUCUGGAAGUAUGCAGUAUAAAUGCAGAAAACUGUGACUUCAGGUCUGUAGAGCUACAUAUCCAGACAUCAGGAAUGUGUAGUUGUAAUGACAAUGGUUUUAAAAAUAAGCAAAAAUGCCAAAAAUUUAAAAUUGCCAGAUUCAGUGAUAAGAUUGUUAUAUCUGUUUCUCAAACUGUUCCUGUAAUGCUUUUGCAUUCUUGUUUAAGCCCAAAUUUUCCAAACUCAAGGUUUAUGAACAAGAAACUCCAGAAAGCUGUGUCUCACUGCCUUGCUUGGACAGUGGCGCUCUUUUAUUCUCUUCAUUAGUAAUGACCCAAAAUGGGAUCUCUUCAUCAUCUUUGUGCCCUGUGAGCUGCCAGUGUAUCGUUCCAAUUAACCAGAUGCAAAAAGAAGUCAGUGUGCACAUUGAAAAUGACUCGGGAUCAAUGCCGAUGCCAGUGGAGUUGAUAAGUUACCCAUUAGUGUGCUUUUGCAGAAAUAUUUUUAGUUACUCUAUAGCAGUAUCAUAAGCAGGUAUUUAAACAUAACUAGCUGUUUUGUUUGCUGGAAUGUUAGCUUGCUGGCUUUGAGACCAGUAAAGAUUUUUAAACACGUUUGCUGUUGACAGAUACUCUUUGAAGCAGUUUAUAGUAAAAAAAAAAUGGUCGUCUCUAUAGUCGGGUUGGGAUUUUACGAUUCAGUCAACAGUGUCUCAUCAUCUAUGAAAUGCUGGCUGCCAGUUAAGCAAGAAUUUCAAUUUAUUCAUAAUAUUUAACAAUUAAGAUUGAUUUCAAUUAUUUAAAUUUUGUAAAGAUCUGUUACAAUGCAAGAUUUGGGUUAAGUAGACAUGCAAUUUAAAAACUGUACCUAUAAGAUAAACACUAUUCUCACAUUCAUGCUCUUCUUGUCACAUGUGUUCAGUUUCUUAGUAUUUCUAGUAGAAAAAUAAUUUUGCUUUUUGUAUUUCUUAACAAACGCCAUAUUUUCUCGGUUCCCAUGUUCUCUAUUUCUUGAAUUGACAAGAUACAAAUCUGUUUCCAAACUGAAUCCCACUGAAACCCUGAACCCCGGAGUAACACCCCCACCCCCCGCCCCCAUCUUGAAACUGGUCUAACCAACUGCUUCAGUCUAUUUAAACAUGAACAUGAAUGAGGAACCGCUAAAAAAAGCUCCCGUCAUUCACACAUUAAGAAUGGCAGUAACUUCACGCUUUACUGACAACAAUUUACUGACAACAGUCAUUGCUUUGUGGUUUGUCAUCAGUCACAAUGGCACAAGAUUCUAUCUGACAUUCUCUGACAAAUGUAGGAGUAACUUCUUGUUUUAUUUCUAGAUUCAUUGGUAUGAACAGUGUGACUGAACCAUGCAUCAGAGUCAGCAGACCAUCUCCUGUAGCUGUGAUGAGGGUCACAUAGGAGCUUCAGGGUGCAAGUGUCUGCUGGCUCACUGUGUCCCAUUGUUAGAAGAGAACUGAGAGCUUUGCUGUGAAGCACUGAAAACCAGAAAAUCAGGCACCCUUUUUCAUUGCUGAGUUUAAUAAUGAAUCCACAAGCACAAUUUUUAUUCUCAUUUAUUUUUGCUAACCACCUCAGUUAUGCAUUUGAGUUUAUUUUAUACAGAAAGAGCAAUAAUUGCAGAUCUUUUAGUCUAAAUAGGGGUGUGGCCCCUAAAAAAACUGAUUUCACAUGGUUACAGUGACAUCUAGUGGAUGUGUCAGGUACUUGUCUUCCAGGCCACACAUCACAGGAACAAUAGAGACCCCCCUUUGUCUCCACUCUCGCCAUCUAACUACGCCUCUCCUUUUGUCCCUCUGUAUCUUCAAGCUGUCCCGGAAGAUUCAUCCUCCUCUCGCCGCCUGUCUUUGUCAUUCCACCUGCUCCGUCUGAGUCUUUGUCUCUGCUCAUUUGUUUGCAUGUGCGAUUUCUUUACGUGUGCGUAUGUCUGCACCAGAGAUCCCAGCCCCACCGAGAUGAGCGUGGAGCCCUGGGCCUGCCCGCAGGACCAAACGACUUCUGAGCAAGCACAGAGCAUACAGCCCUCCCAGGACCAGGAGCAGCAUCUCGACAAACUGUGCCUUGACUCUUUUUGGAGUGAAGUCGAGACCAUCCGACAGGGGAGUGGCGACACAGACCUCGACUGCACCAGGAGAGACUCUAGACAGUCAGAGGAGGGAGAACAAGAGGAGCAGUGGCUGGCUGAUGCUGGAUUAUCGACCCUCAUCCAGGACGACAGUGAGGAUGUAGAUAACGCGGUGCUGCUGUCCACUUUGACCAGGACACAGGUUGAGGCUGUGAAGCGUCGGCUGGAUUCCUACACCCUCCGCAAAAAGGACAAACCGCCACCCCGGGACGUUCGUGAGAUCUUCAGGACUCCUAUAGCUCAGAACCUUCUGCCUGAGUCUAAAAAUAGUGAAGAGCUGGAAAAAGGAAUAAUGGCUUCAGUUACAAAAACGGCAAUGUCAGUGACACCAGAACAUCAUCGCACUGCUCCCAAAGAAGAAUUCUUAAUCACAGACGUGGCUUACUGUGAACAGGCCGUCAUCUUUCUAAAGCAAGCCAAACUGCCACAGAAUAACAGCCAGAACAGCCAACGCAGGAAAGAUGAUGGCACGCUUCCUAUGGUGAUUUGCCCUAAGUGCCGUCUAGGUGUGACUCGUAUUCACGAUCUCUCUCCUGUUGACAUGAAGAAGGUGCGUCAGUUGGCGCUCAUUGAUUUGACAGCACUGUGUGACCUUUUGGAGCUGGAGGUGAAAAGGCACAAAACAGCAAAGAGAAAAAUCCCUGAUAACUCACUUUUUGGAGUGCCGUUGGCUGCGCUGCUGGAGCAUGAUCAGAAAUUGAAACCAAACACCACAAUUCCACUGUUCCUAGAGAGGUUGUUGUCAUUUCUUGAGAAGAGAGGAAUUGAUUCAGAAGGGAUCCUGCGGGUUCCAGGAUCUCAGUCCAGAAUUAAGCUGCUCCAACAGAAUUUGGAAGCCAAUUUUUACUCUGGGCACAUCAGCUGGGAUGAAGUUAGUCCAAACGAUGCUGCUGCACUUCUGAAGAAGUUUAUCCGAGAGCUGCCAGCUCCUCUGCUCACCGCCGAGUAUCUGAACUCCUUCAGCGCUGUAAGAGAAAUCACAGAGCUGAAGCAGAAGCUUCACAUGUUAAACCUGCUUAUUCUGCUGCUGCCAGAGCCCAACAGGAACACACUAAAGGCCCUGCUCGAGUUCCUCAGUAAGGUGGUUUCCAGAGAGAAAAAGAACAGGAUGAACCUGUGGGCCGUGGCGACCAUCAUGGCUCCCAACCUGUUCCUCCACAAAGCCGUCCCCAGCAGGCUGACUGAAGGAGCAGAGAAAGGACAGGCAGAGAAGGCAGCUGAUGUUAUGAGGCUGCUCAUCCGCUACCAAGACCUGCUCUGGACGAUCCCAAAUUUCCUUGUGAGCCAGGUGCGUAAGCUGAACGAGAACAGCAACAGGCGUUACCAGUUCUACGAUCGGCGCUUCAAGAACCUGCUCAGGAAGAUUCACACAGACAACAGGGAAAGACCAGAGAAAAGCAACUCUGAGGCCUGCCGAACAGUGAAGAUCCAGAACGGAGAUCUGUUGAACGGAACCAUGGAGUUCCAGCUCAACAUGAACUCCCGCGCCUCAGACCUGCUCACCCAGUUUCAGCGGCAGUUCCUCCUCAGCCCUGAAAAUGGAAAAGGCAAAACGCGAAAAAAUGGCUCGGUGGUUUACCCAGAUUGCGCGCUGUACGAAGUGGGAGGAAACAUCGGUGAGCACUGUCUAGAUCCAGACACACACCUACAGGAUCUGUACAACAGUAACCCUGGAGGGGAAUGGGUCAUAAGGAUGAAACCCAACGGAGGCAAAGGGCCGUGAAGACUGAAAGAGCGAUGAAGAAAAUCCUGUCUUGUUUAUCCUCUGAGCAACAAGCUAGAAGGAGCCAGAUGGAUGGAGCAGAAAUGGACACAAAAGGAGUUUGCCUGGAGCAGACCCCUCCAAACUGUUUGCAGUCGCCACACACUGCACCUUCUGUUCCCCUCUAUUUUUACUUUUCAACCUCUCCUAGUUAUUCCUCGGAUCAUCAUUGGUCUCCUGCGUUAUUGCAGAGCCGGAUAACUGCAAGCUAUAAACUGCCUAUGUGACUCAUUGCUACCUACAGAGAACCUGCUGAAGGAAAAAAAAAAGAGGAAAUGAGAUGGACAGCCUCGCUGGACCGUUUUUCUCCACAUAUUUUCACCAAAGCAAUCAUGUCCAAGUGCGAGAAAACAGAUGGGGAUGCAGAGCACCUCUGGCUAUACCGAGCUUCAGUCACCUCCCCCUUCCUCAUGCCAGCUUCACAUCAGUAUACAUGUGUUCUCAAACAGGUUUAAUCCAGAUGCGGGGGGGAUACGGAUGAACCGUAGUAUUCAUUCUUAAUACAUUUUUCAUUCUUUGUACAUUUUAACUUGGUCUUGCAUAUAACUGAACAGCAAGAGGUGGUUUAAAAUACAACUGAUUAAAGAAAAAGCAAAGCAAGUUGCGUUGAAAAAAAGAGAACAGGAAGAAGUCAGGAUGGCUUCACUCCCUGUAAAAAUGCCAUUUUUCCUGAUCAAUCAGUGAGUCAACCUUUUCAAUCACCCUGUCCUUCCUGCUCCUGUGUGUCGAGUGUGUAGCUUUUGAAGAUGAAGUAAACAAAGAGCCAGGGCUUUCGUCCGCCCGCUCUUCUCUUGAUUCCUGCCAUUCAAAGAGGAAAUGAGACCUGAUGAACUGAUAUCUCUUAAUGCAAGGAACACUGCGAUCUCUGCUGUUUGAGGUCGCUUGACAUUCACAGAACGGUGCUCAAAGCAAAUCAAAAGACCUUUUUUUAUCUACCAACGCCAAGGGAUUUGGUGUCACAACCUCAAGGAGUUAUCGCACCUCUAAAGGGAGUUUUUAGCGACACACAGUGAAGCUGGUCUUCAGUUCAGUGUUGGAGCGCAUGAAUAGGAGCCACAGUGCUCACGUGACUCAUGGGGGAAUACCAGGACUAUAAAUAAUAUUUAUAUGAAUGUAAUGCCAUUGAUGCUUGUGUAGUUUGUGUUGUGUAAGGUAGAAUGUGAAGUUGCUGCAGUCAGUGUAACAGUAUGUUUACUCAGUUGGUCAGUCUGGAACUGUGUGUGUAAGUUUUAAUGCAUACAUGUUUUUUAUGAAUUUCUGUUAUGUGGAUCAAUUUUUCUGUAAAUAUUUCUUAAUUACAUACUUUUGGCUGAAAUAAGGAAUCACUGCAGGCUUCUUUGUUGUCAUUCAUCGCUUCGAGAAGCUUUUCUGAUAAUAAACAUGGGCAGCAGA